AUGAUUGCUGAAAAUGCCCUGGAGGAUCCGAAAUUCCAGCCCAAAGGUACGAUUCUUGUUAGCGAACGACCUCUGGUCGUGGCGCAAAGCAUAACCGACCUAGUGGGUGGGACGCCGGCACUGCGUCUGCAUUGCAUGUUCCCAAACCACUACGUCAUCGCCAAAUUAGAAUUCCUCAAUCCCCUUCUGAGCGUCAAAGAUCGCCCAGCAUUGCAAAAAGUUAAAAACAUCGCAUCCAAGAACCUGCUCUCUCCUGGUGGACUCAUAAUAGUACCCACAAGCGGAAACUUCGGCUUAUCCGUCGCAACAUACGGUCGACUGUUCGGCUAUCGUGUCAUCGCCGUAAUGGCCAGCGACACAUCCUCAGCCAAACAGGAUCUGCUGCGCCGUGUCUGUGGCGAAGUGGUCAUUUAUACUUGUCUGCGGCUAAUCAACGACCUGUACCGCGCUUACCACCGGAAUGAACGCUGCAACGCUGCCAAGUAA